AUGACCGUCGGCAGCCUGAGGAAAGCUGGAGACGUUCUCCCCAAUCCACGAGAGCCCGGGAGGUCAGAGAAGGUCAAGUCAGGCCUUUUGACGACCCAAGCGAUAGGAAAAUUGGAAGGCACAAAACAAAGAAACGACAAUAAUGUAAUUAAG